UUAAAGAACUGGUUUGAAGAUUUUAGGUUUUAUUUUUUAUCUGGUCAGCGCCUCAUCCCAAUGCGAAUCACGCGAAAUUCUUAUCACUUGAAUGAGAUAGAAGUGUGUGUGUGUGAAUACAAACAUAAUUGGUUUUGUAGCAGUAUUGUGGUGUUUAUAACGUGCUCCGCAAGAGUAGGACUCCAGUUGCAGAUACAUAUUUGGCACUUGAAACGUUCUCAUAGGUGAAUGUAGGGAUUCGAUAUGUUGUGGAAAUUUCUAGUUGUUGCUUCUCUAGCUGUGGGAGUAUUUGGUCGCUCCACGGUCGAUGGUCCUGGUCCUGACAAUGCGCCUUUUGAUGAGUACAGUACACUAGUGAUUAAGGAAUAUUGCAAUGCCACUCAUGCCGAAGACAAGGCCUCAGAAGUCAAGUCUGCAAUGAUAACAUUCGACAAGUGUUUGAACGCCGUGAUCGAUUUUGAAACUUUCGCGAAAGAAAUGGAAAAGGCGGAGAAGAGCGGAGUAUAUGACGAAGUAAUCCAAAAGUUCUGCUCUAAAGUUCCGCAGAUAAAGGAAUGUGCCAGCGACUUGGUCAAAGGAAUGGCUCCAUGCCUGCCGGCCGGAUUCGACCGCACUGCGGUGAAAAGCACCAACACUCUGAUGGACUUCGUUUGCGACAAUAAUGGAGCCAGGAUAACCACAUUUGUUCAAGCGGGUGGUCCACGGUGCAUUAGUGACACGAUGGUUAAUAUUUCAUAUUGCGAAUAUGUAUACGGAAAACCUAGUUCACUGUUCACUAAGUCUGAAAAGGACAGGUGUGUCUUAGUGGACCAGAGCUUGGAGUGUUUGGUGACGGCGAUAAAGAGUUGCCCGAACCCAACCAUCGGUCAACUGGCCCAGGAGUUCCACAAUGUCUUCUUAGAAAGCCUGUCUUGCUCUGAGGUAACUCAACAUGCAAGUACAGAAGUGGUCGCAGGAACUGAAGGAACAGUAGACACUACAACUGGAAGGACAGAUGAGGCCGAUGGGGGCAAAGACAUCGAUCAACUUAAGAAAAGAAAACUUGAAUUGGAGGUGCGGACCGCGGAACUCGAGAUUUGGAAGAGAGAAAACGACCUCAACGUUCAGCAUACCGUCCUUACUUCGGAUAUAAAGAUGAAGGGUCAUCAACACAGGUACAUUAUACGUGUACAAGGACUACUCGGGACAGGACCUCAGUUGCCAUCUGUCUGCAGAAGCGAAACACACUCCGCUCAAUUGUGCUUCACAAUGAUUUGGAUACUUUCUUUACUUGUCGCUCUAAUUCCUGUUUUAACUGUCGACGCGUGGGGGAAGUACAAUGCCCUUGACCAGAAGCAAAUAACGGAAUAUGUGACAAAACUCUGUACGAAAAGUGGCGCUGAAGAUAAAGUUCCACAAGUUCUGGAUGCAAUCGAAAACUUUGAGAAAUGCUCCGUAAGCCUGUUCAAGGACGAAGUCCUGUUGGAGGAGGUGGCGACUGCCAUCCGCAACAAUGACCUCAAUUUAGUCUUCAAAAAGUACUGCGCACGCACAGGGCGCUUGGCCGCGUGCACCUACUCUCUGAUCGACAGCGUAGGGCUGUGCGUGGCCGGCGCCGACCUGCCCGCCGCGCACAACUUUAUCGACCAGCUGCUCGGCUUCGUCUGCCACAACGACGGCGAGAGGAUCGCACUGUUCAUUCAAGAGGGCGGUCCCCAGUGCUUCCAGCAGAACGUGGGCUCCCUCAACGGCUGCGCCGCGAAAGUGUUGAGCGAGAUCGACGGCGUGCAACCGGUUAAAGAACGCUGCACGAAGUUCGACGAGCUAUCAAAAUGCCUGGUGGAGACGGUGAGCACUUGCUCGCCCGCCGCGCCGGCCGACAUGAUGCGCGCGUUGCUCGCGCACGUGCGGCAGGCCACGCCCUGCGCCGCCGACGACGAUGCCUUCCGCACCUACAUGCGGUGGCUGCAGGACCGCAAGGAUAACACUGACCAGCAUUAAAAACUAAAAUACUCGUCACGCCUCGGCCAUGAAACGCACGCACACGACAACUCCUCGGCCACAGAACGCACGCUCAAGCGCGCGCUCAACUCUGAGGGUUUACCGCGAAACACGUUCGACGUGUUGCCUCCCUGUCCCACUUACGUACGAAUUUACAAGUGCGACAGAGGCAACACUUCAAACGUGGUUCGCGGUAGGCCCUCUGGUGCAGACACUGCCGACCAUCAUAACCUCUAGCCGCCCAUACGUCAAACCUUGCCAAGCAAAAUGAAAUUUUGAGUUUGUCAACACAAAGUUCAAAUUAGAAUGGAACAGAACACAUUUUUAUAGGUCUCUGGGCGGCUAGAGGUUUAUAUUGAUUAAAAUAUUAAUGUAUGGCAGUCGGCGUCAGCGUCGAGCGUGUACGCUUAGAUCAGUGGAAAAACCUUUUUUCAUGGCGGGCCAGAAAAUUAAAAAAAUCUGAGGAUGGCUGGAACUUUAUAUUAACCAUGAAAUGUGAUACCUUUAAUAGCUUUUCAUAGAUCACACAAUUUGUUACAAUAUUUAUAUAGGACUAUGUCCCAGGUUGCAUUAGGUUUCGUCGAAAAUUGAUUAAGUACCUUUGUAAAUACAUACGUACAUAAUAAUAGAGAAACCGUUUCAUUCCUUCAUUACUUUAGGUGCGUACACAGGGAUAAGAUAAUUAUUUUUAUUUAUUAUUUUCAUACCAGAAAGUAUACAUUAUUUGCAAAUUACACAUUGUAUUUCUAAUGAAUAAUGUCGGUGGGACACACUUUAAGGCUCACUAAAAAAAGUAAUGUCAUAAUGUUUUAACGUGAAUUUCAUAAUUUGGAAUCCAUUCGUUUUGAGUAUUGGUUUUAAAGAGUGUUUAAGUUACUGACACUGAGUAGUGCAAUUUGAAUUUGACUAGGCAGUUAUUCUUGUUAUAACUGUUAUCUGAGAAUUGUUUUUUUUUAAUAAUUAAGUGAAAUACAUAAAUACUCAUACCUCGUAUCGUAUCAGGAUCAGAAA